AUGUACGGUUUCCACACCCCCAACUCUCAGGACAACAGCGACAUGAUCUUCAACUACGAGAAUGACAGCAAUUUCACCUCCAACUACCAGAAUCACAGCAGCAUCAUCUCCAUCUACCAGAGUUACAGCUAUACAUUCAUCAUCAGUGUGGUGAUAUACAUAAUCUUUGCUCUUGGCCUCCCGUCAAUCCUCAUGGCCAUCUAUUCUCUUUAUUCUAUGGUGAGAAGUGAUCAUGUUGCUCCCAUCUACGUCAUCAACCUUCUCAUUACCGACCUGAUUCAGCUCUGCUACAUGAUCGUUCCUGUGGUUUCAAAUGUGAAUAGGACUAUACGUAUCAUCAGUUCUAUUUACCUCUCUGGUCUGGUUGCCAGUGUUUACUUCAUGGUCUGCAUCUCCCUGGAAAGGUAUUUGGUCAUCGCCCACCCACUGUGGUACCGCUGCAGACGAACCAUCAAGAGCUCUGUUGUGAUCUGUGUCCUGGUCUGGGUGCUUCCUUUUGCAAAUGUUGUCCCUUACUAUUUCUUUUCUGAUGGUCUGGUGUACUACACAAUCACAGCCAUCUUCUUCCUCCUUCCCUUCCCACUUUUAAUAUUCUUCCUGGUUGGGACUCUCAAAGCCCUGUCUGCUUCCAUCUCGGUCCCCUCUGAUGAAAAACGAAGAAUUGUGGGAGUUUUGGUUCUGGUGCUGCUUAUUUACACGCUGCUGUUCCUGCCCAAAAUCAUUUCGUUCCUCUUAGUAAACACUGGCAAUACCUUUUUCAACAUGUCUCUUAUUUGUAUUAGGUUGAGCCCUCUUGCAGACUUAGUCCUGUAUGUCUUCAUGAGGAAAGGGACCAUAGACAAGCUUUUGGCGUCUGUGUGUUGUUGCAGAAUGGACAGCAGUGAUAUCAGCAGUCCAUCAGUAUGAAUGAUGACAGGCAGGCAGAGAAAGAGGGAGAGAGACAUGGACAUCAUUAUGCCUAUUUAUUUAUUUAUUUUACAGUUCAGACAUGUACUCGAAAAAGUGAAACUGGAAUAUUGAUACAUAUGAAAAAAAUAAUACAAACAUAAUUGUAUUGUUUUGGCAUAAAAUAAUCAUUAAAUUUAGGUUGAUUCAAAUUAGUGAGCGAUACACAGUGAUGUUGUAAGUUGUUGUUGAUGACCAUUUCUUGCUUAACUUUAGCUAUGUAUAAGUGAGAUAUUACCAUUAAUAUAGCCUAUCUCUAUAGUAUUUCAAAACAUCAGUCCCCAUAGAAUGUUGUUGUCAGUGAAAUCUAAAUGUCAUAGUAUCCCUGUUGAUAGGAAGAUAUUUGAUGAGAGGGAGAGAGAA